CAGUCUCCACCGUUCAACUUCACAUUCUGCUACUAUUCUCUCUCUCUCUCCUCUCUCUCUCUCUCUCUUUCUCGUUCUCCAAUGGCAGAAGCUUCUCACAUACCAGUGCCACUGUUGAAGGAUGAGCUUGACAUCGUGAUCCCCACGAUCCGCAACCUUGAUUUCUUGGAGAUGUGGAGGCCCUUCUUCCAACCUUACCACCUCAUCAUCGUUCAGGACGGUGACCCUUCCAAGGUCAUCAAGGUUCCUGAAGGUUUUGACUAUGAGCUUUACAACCGCAACGAUAUCAACAGGAUCUUGGGUCCCAAAGCUUCCUGUAUCUCCUUCAAGGACUCUGCUUGUCGCUGCUUCGGUUACAUGGUCUCGAAGAAGAAGUAUAUCUACACCAUUGACGACGAUUGCUUCGUUGCUAAAGACCCAUCUGGCAAGAAUAUCAAUGCACUUGAGCAACACAUUAAGAAUCUCCUAUGUCCAUCCACUCCACAUUUCUUCAAUACCCUUUAUGAUCCUUAUAGAGAAGGUGCUGAUUUUGUCCGUGGAUACCCUUUUAGCCUUCGUGAGGGUGCCCCAACUGCUGCUUCUCAUGGCCUUUGGCUCAACAUUCCUGAUUAUGAUGCUCCAACACAGCUUGUCAAGCCUCGUGAGAGGAACACCAGGUAUGUUGAUGCUGUUUUGACCAUUCCCAAAGGAACAUUGUUCCCCAUGUGCGGUAUGAAUCUGGCCUUCGACCGUGAGCUGAUUGGACCUGCAAUGUACUUUGGACUCAUGGGUGAUGGUCAGCCUAUUGGACGAUACGAUGAUAUGUGGGCUGGGUGGUGCAUGAAGGUUAUCUGUGACCAUUUGGGCUUGGGAGUCAAGACUGGUCUUCCAUACAUAUGGCACAGCAAAGCAAGCAACCCAUUUGUUAAUCUCAAAAAGGAGUACAAAGGUAUCUUCUGGCAAGAAGAGAUCAUUCCAUUUUUCCAAUCUGCCACCCUUCCAAAAGAAUGCACCUCUGUUCAAAAAUGCUACAUUGAACUCUCCAAACAAGUCAAAGAGAAGCUUGGCACUGUUGAUCCCUAUUUCAUCAAACUUGCAGACGCUAUGGUCACUUGGAUUGAAGCUUGGGAUGAGCUUAACAACUCAUCUGAAGAAAAAUCUUCAAAGCAAGUUAAUGGGGCUGACAAGUGAACUUUUAAUAGUAGUUGCGGACUUUAGUUUUCAAAUGGUGUAGUUCCUUAUCAGUUCAAUUUUAUCUUCUUGGUUAUCAUUUUUGUUAUCAUUAUUUUUAUUGAUAUUGCAAGACUACAGAACAAUUUAUUGUUAUUGAUGUCGUCAUUACUUUAUAUUAUCUUAUUAUGAUAUUUAUCCUUAUUGUAUUUCAGUAUUAUUUUUCCCCAUUACGGGGGAGAGCCUAGACAUUU